AUGUCUACAUUUGAUUUCCUUUCCAGAAAAAGCGGUGUCAUCGUUGGAGAUGACGUUAGAAAGCUAUUCGAAUAUGCAAGAGAAAGGAAAUUUGCCAUUCCUUCCAUCAAUGUAACGUCCUCUUCUACAGCGGUUGCUGUAUUGGAGGCUGCUAGAGACAACAAAUCACCAGGAAAAGGCGUCAAUAAUAAAGACCUUAGCGCUUCAGUGACUGGAUCUAUUGCUGCUGCUCUAUUGAUCAGAACUAUUGCACCUUCUUAUGGCAUACCUGUCAUUCUGCACACUGACCACUGUCAAAAAAAAUGGCUCCCUUGGUUUGACGGAAUGUUAGAUGCAGAUGAAGAAUAUUUCAAGACCCAUGGAGAGCCUUUGUUCUCCUCCCACAUGUUAGACCUGUCGGAGGAAACAGACGAUGAAAACAUUGCUAUUUGUGUGAAAUAUUUCAAGAGAAUGACAAAAAUGAACCAGUGGUUAGAAAUGGAGAUUGGGAUAACUGGUGGGGAGGAAGAUGGAGUGAAUAACGAAAAUGCUGAUAAAGACUCACUCUAUACCAGUCCCGAAACUGUUUUUGCAGUUCAUAAAGCACUGGCUCCUAUUUCUCCAAACUUCGCCAUUGCUGCAGCCUUUGGCAAUGUUCAUGGGGUCUACAAACCUGGCAAUGUGGAGUUGAGACCAUCAAUUUUGGGUGAACAUCAAGCUUACGCAGCUCAACAGUUAGGCCUUAAAAAUGGAUCAAAACCACUUUUCCUAGUUUUCCAUGGCGGUUCGGGAUCUUCUCAACAAGAGUUCAACACUGCUAUUAACCAUGGAGUUGUUAAGGUUAAUUUAGACACUGAUUGUCAAUAUGCAUACACCAUUGGUUCAAGAGACUAUAUCCUGAAAAACAAAGACUAUCUUCAAUCCAUGGUUGGAAAUCCGCAGGGAGCUGAUAAACCCAACAAGAAAUACUUUGAUCCAAGAGUGUGGAUUAGAGAGAGUGAGAAAACCAUGAGUGGCCGUGUUAAAGAGGCUCUGGAGGUGUUCCAUGCUGCUGGUACCUUCAAGUCUGAGUCAAAACUGUGA